ACCUUUUGGGGAGUGUUUCAAAAAUAAAUUGAAUUAUUAUUAUUAUCACACCCUUAGUGCGUCACAAGUACAAUGACGCACUGCACCCAAGAUAGCCGAGAGGGAGACUUCAGCUUUACUCGGAAAUUCAGUUCCUACUUUCGACAGAGUUUUGGGAGAAAAAAAAUGGAAACGGUCAGUAGUUGGGUAGAUCGACAGUCUAGCGGGGAUUUCAUCCGUUCAUCAAUGCUGCAGGAGGUGCAGGAGGAGGAGGAGGAUCCAGUCACUAGGAUGAUCUACCAUGAACGCCAGACCCGUCAUCUGUGCGGCCUUCAUGCCCUCAACAAUCUCUUCCAGUGCCCCGGCAUGUUCUCCAAGUCCGACCUGGAUCACUACUGCUAUACUUUGACACCGCGCUCCUGGCUGAAUCCGCAUCGCUCCUGGAUCGGAUGGGGCAACUACGACAUCAAUGUCAUCAUGUACGCCCUGAAUCAGCAGCGAUGCGAGACCGUGUGGUUCGAUCGUCGUCGGGAUCCGCACUGCCUGGACUUGGAGAACAUAUUCGGCUUCAUACUGAAUGUGCCCGCCCAGAUAUCGCUCGGCUACUAUGCCGUCCAGAUGCCCUUCCAGAUGCGUCACUGGCUGGCCCUGCGCCAGAUCGACGGCAGCUACUACAACCUGGACUCGAAGCUGGGCCAGCCCAAGUGCCUGGGCACGGGUGCCCAGUUCCUGGACUAUCUGCAUACUCAGCUGCUGCCGGACAACGAUCAUGAGCUCUUCCUGGUGAUCCAGGUGGACGAGGACAUGGUCACAAGUGAGAGCGAGAAGCAGCACUGGCUGUUGCCGGAAUUUAGAAACUAAAUUAAU